AUAUAUUUUGUUUAUGGAGCUGGCAACAGUGCUGUUAGUGUUCAUUCAAGUUCGAACUUCGUUGGCGCCAGUUCUUAAAAGCGAUUUUGCGAGCCAAGUGUUUUGACGUGUUCUGAUACGAUUUUAAGCCUUAAAAAUGGUCCGAGCAACCCAGAAAUUGAGAAAAAAAAUAAUUACAUCAACACCAAAGAAAGCAACUGUGACACCACCACCACUUGCUGCAUCAGUGACGACAACUCCUGGUACUUCUAGGAGGAGAAGUAGCUUGGGCAUUCGAAAAAAACCUAAUAAACAGAAGACACCUGUCAAAGGUGGUGCCACAGUUGCCAAAAAAAAGCACCGUUUCAGACCUGGCACUGUUGCAUUGAUGGAAAUACGACAUUAUCAGAAAACUGGAAAUCUGUUGAUACCUAAAUUACCAUUUUCUCGGGUAGUAAGGGAGAUCUUCCAAGGGUUUAACAAAGACUUGAGAAUUCAACAGGUGGCAUUGAUGGCACUGCAGGAAGCAGCUGAAAACUACCUAGUUUUUUUAAUGGAGGCAGCAAAUCUCUGCUCCAUACAUGCAAAAAGGGUAACAAUUUACCCCAAAGAUAUUCGACUUGCUCGACGAAUUCGUGGGGAUUGUUAGGACUGCUUGCAGUAUUAACCUACUAAAAACAUUCAGUGGAUGAUGUAAAGUGGUUGUCUACUUUUUCUAGUUGAAACAUGAAUUCCAUAGUGCCUGUCUUGGUUUACUAAAAAUCUAGAGGGCUUUCUAUUUUUGAAGUGAAGUUUUUAUAUUGGAACCACUGUCAGUUAAAUGACCUUUGUAUUUGGCUUGUAGACACUUUAAAGUCUUUUGGGUAUACCUACAUGAUAUAUAUUUCUCAAUAAAAUGUAAAUGCUUUAGAACAGUGAUGAUGAUUGAUUUAAUAAGUGAGUUUCAGUUCAUUUGAGAAUACUUGAUAUCAUUUUAAUAUUUUACAAAGAAAAGGCAUAUUUAGAUUAACAACUGCUGCCAUGAUUUGUUGAUGCAUAUUUUAUAAGACUUAUUUUAUUGAUGCAGAGUACAAAAAUGCAGUCUAAAAUUUUUCUCCUUUGGAUUUACUCGAGUUCAUAAAAUUGCUUUAUUUUUUAAGAAGGGAGAUAUUUUAAUUUCAUGUUUUUAUUGGUUUCACAGUUUUUGUAAAAUUGUUUUUCCCAGUGCUCUCAAGUUUUAUUAGUGAUUUUAUAUUAUACAAGAGAACAAAAAGAGAGAGACAGAUUCUCAGUACUAUUUUAAAGAUUUCUAAGGGAUUUUAUGCAAAUAUGAAGUUUUUCUUCAAUAGUACUGUAUUUUGGGACAUAUUCAUGCAUGCAUAUGUGAGAACUCGGUAAUACCAAAGGUCAAAUGUAAAUAUAAAAUAGUAUAUUAUUAGGAAACUUUUCCUUUGAGUAGUUUGUAUUGCAGUGCUGGUUAUGUUGCUUUUAGGAAGAGGGAGAACUUUGUAAAAGGAAUAAACUUCAUUUCUAUUUCAUUUCAUCUCUCAGUGGUAAAAUCCUCUUUAUGUAUUUUGUUACAGUGCAUCUCUUAAUGCAGAAAUUCCUUUUUAUGUAUCUGUUGAUCCUUUCAAGGGGUUAUUGUACCUUAUAAAAAUGAGUAGGUUAAUUUUCCAGUUUAACUGUAUGAGAUGUUAUUUAAGGAUAUAAAUAUGCUUGUAUUUUUAUGGAUUGCUAAAAUUCCAUGAUACGAAUUUGGACUGAAAACUUGCUAUGUUAUUCAAUUGAGAUGAUUGCCUUAAGUGAACAAUUGCUUUUAGCGUAUCUAGAGGACAAAAAUUUCUCUUGGAGAACUUGGGAGUUUUGGCUCAGUGGCCUGGUUAAAUUAUUUAGUGGUUAUGGUGUGGAUACCUAACAUGUGCACUGUAAUCAGUUUGCCAUGACUUCUGGCUGUAUUUGUCUGUUUUAUUUUGUCAUUACUUUUUUUAUGCAAAGAUGUAUAUGUUUAGGGAUAGUAUAUGUAAACAAACAUUGUUAACCAGAACGAGUGUUAGCAAUGUUGACUUACUUUUUAUAUUUUUUCUGCUCUUAAAUUUUGCUUUGUUAAUCCAAGUAAAAUCUGGAGAAAGGUUUUAGUAUGGGGAGGAAAAAAUCUUGAGAGCAAAUGUGGAUAAAUUUUGGUCUUAUACCGUGAUUGUGAUUAUUAUGAGGUUCUAAUAUUGUAAGCAAUGGCCAAUGGCUCUAAAGUUUCAUUAAAAUAUUUUAGAUAUAAAA